AUGAACACAUUUACCCUCGUUGAACAAGAGGAGGAUCUACAACAGGCGAAUGCGGAGAACACUGCGGAGAACAUUGCGGAGACAGUCAUCAGCAGCAGUGACACAACAGGCCUACUCUCCACGAUCUCACACCAAUCCACUCAGCCAGUGCAAGAGAAGUCACUACAGCAGGCGAAUGCGGAGAACACUGCGGAGAAACCAAGCGGCAACAAGGCCCCCAGCACCAAGAACACGGCUCAGCUCUCCAAGAUCCCACGUCAUAUGCUCUCCACGAUUCCACAUCAAAUCAUCACUCAGCAAGCGGAGAACACCACUGCAACUUAG